AUACUCAUAUAAUUAGACUAAGAUUUCAAAAGGUAAAAUGUUAUUUUUCCAAAAUUAUCAGUAUUUAAACUAUUAUAUUCUCUAACCAUAAAAUGUUUUAGAUCAAUUUAAGAAUUACUACAAAAGACAUAGAUAGACAAUAUAAAAUAUCAAUGGCAAUAUAUUGCUGUCACUUUGACAGCAGUCUAGCAGCUUUACCCUGAUACCUACUAGGUACCUAGGUACGAUUAAUUUCAUUUUAUUGUCCAGGAGCUAACGCCACGUCUUUGCAUAGCAUUAUUUUCAUCAUAAAAUACGUACAUGUUACUUCUUUUUUUCAAUUAAAAUGUUUUGUAAUAACUUAGAGGAUUUGAAAAUAUGUCGUGGGUGUUUGUGUACUACUAGAACAUUGGCACCAAUAGACAAAUACUAUGAUUUAUUAAAAAAAAAUCUAGGUCCUAAUUUAAAACGCGGUUACAGACUUGAAAAUAAGAAUCUCCUUAUUUGUUGGGAAUGUCGGAUGGCGUUAAAAAAUUUUGAAAAAUUAUUGUUUAAAGUGAAAAAAGCGCAAGAUUUUUUUAUCAGUAAUAGGAAAAGGAUGAAGGAAAUUAUAGAAGAAAACGAGAAUAUAAAUUUAUCAACUUUGAGCGCAAAAAGAAUAUUUGAUUUUAAUUAUUGUUACACAUUUGAACCUGACAUUAUUAAGUUAGAAAAAACUGAAAGUGAUUCAAAAACAUUCGAAAAUGAUUUUAGAAAUAUAGAAAUACAUGUUGAAUGCAAAGAGGAAGUCGAGAAAUUUGAAAAUGACCAGGAUAUUGUUUCGAAUGAAACGAAUUGCGAAUUAUCACAAUAUAAUAGAGAUAUUGACAGUUUCAGUGAUUGUGACAACGUUAUAGCUGAAAAUAUUGAUAAUGAUAAUAAUAUAAAUCUUACUGUAAAUGAAAAUUUAGAAACUACAAUAAUUAAAGAGAAAAAUGACGAUUUAAAAAUAAGUGAAAGUGAACAGACUUUAAAAGUGUCACAAAGAGAUAAUACCAAAACGAAAAAGAAAAAAAUACGACAACCAAAAUCUGAACCGCAAAAGUUUAAAGUCACUUUACUAACAAUUGAUAAUCUUAAUGCUGAUAAAACAAAGUAUUACAAUAGACUUCCUAUGGAUAAUGAUGAAAUUGAAUUUAAUUUGAAAGAAGAAGAAAGUAAAAAUUACACCAAAAUGAAAUUCAAAUGUGGCAAGUGUCUAUCUGGUUUCAAAGAAGAAAGUCAAUUUUGGCAGCACAAGAAAGAAUAUCACUCUGCAAAAAUGCGCUUCGAAUGUGACAUGUGCGGUAUAAGGACGCAUAGAAAGACGGAAAUGGCGGCCCAUUGCAGGGAGCACUACACUAAACUGAUCUGCUUGCUCUGUAACUACUCCUGUUGUAGGAUGUGGCAGCUUGAUGAACACUUGUUGAGCGUUCAUCACAAGAUAAUUGAAUGCCAGAUCUGCGGUGCGAAGUUCUCAAAAACCCUGGACUACGCCAAACAUCAUAAAAACUUCCAUAAGCAGUUCGUGUGCGAACACUGUGGGAAAAGAUUCUCCAAGAAGUACAUAAUAGAAAACCACAUGCAGAGACGCCAUGCCCAAUACAAAUGUACAAUAUGCGGUAUACAAUUCAAGACGUAUGUCAGCCAUCGGUGGCAUAUGAAAAUACAGCACGUGAAGAACCCAUCAGAGGAGACCUUCUGCGUGGAAUGCAAUAUACAGUUCGACAAUGUCAUAAAAUACAAAAAUCACUUCCAAGUCUUCGUGAAACAUCGACCGCCAGUGAAGAAGAGUUUCCCGUGUCCAGAGUGCGGCAAGGUAUACAAUAAGCAUAUCACUAUGAAGUACCAUUACAACUAUGAACACUUGAAGAGGACCCAGUUUAUAUGCACCAAAUGCGAUCGGUAUUUCCUGAACGGGUUCCGUCUACGGUUGCACACGGCCACCGUACACGAUAAAAUAUCGCGGCCAAAGAAUAAAAUGUGCACUCUAUGCGGACGGGGAUUUAGUACAAAUCGUAUUUUGGAGAAUCAUAUACGUACACACACAGGCGAACGUCCGUUUCUAUGUGCACAAUGCCCAGCAGCGUUCGCACAGAAAACGGCACUGGUCACACAUACGCGGGCUAUACAUAAAGAAGAGCGGGCAAAUUGAAAUCUAACACUAUUAUAAUUGUCGUGAAUAAUAAAUAAGUUGAUGUAACGCAUUUGUUUUUUUUUUUAUACCACUGAGGUGGCAAACAAGCAUACGGCCCACGUGAUGGUAAGCGGUUACCGCAGCCUAUGAACGCCUG